UCUAACCAACAAUUUGGUGUGAAAGAUAUUUGGUACAAUAUUUCUUGUACCAAAUCUUGUACUAAAAAUUGCAUCGUGUCACAUGGGCUUCUACAUAUCCUUUUUCGUUGCGAAAUUUCUGCGGGUCUUUCCCGUUGAUAAAUCACUUCUCCGUAAAAGCAUCAGUGCGCAAGUUUAUAGAAGACCCUGUUCGCGCAGAAGUGCCUCAGCAGCCCGCGAUCUUGACUGAACAAAAUGGGAAGAAACAACUGUUUUCUUCACUUUUGUGUCGGCCUGGUGGCCUUUCUCCUAGUCGUAAGUAACUAUCUAAAAGUCUAUCGACUUUGUAAAUCAGUUAAGCUCGACGAAGUGUGGAGAAUAAUUCAAGGAUUUACGAUAGUCGGAGGAUCUAGUGCGACGUCGUUGUGUUUUCAGUUCUUUACGGCCCUCGUGCACUUGGUUCACAGCUCGUUACUGGCGUACGGUGCCAUCCAGAAAAAACCCAAGUUAGUUUUAGCCCAUAUGAUCAUAACUAGUACUUGUCUAGUUGUGGGUGCAAUUCGUUUAGUGGCUAUACUUUUUGCGGUGGAUCCUAAGGAGGAUGUUGGUUUAAUCGUUCGGGUUACUGGGACAACUCUUAUCAUCUUCAGUGGUUUGGAGUUCGCCGUAUAUAACUUUUAUAAGAAUCUGAAGAGUGAACUGGAGGAGGUGGACACCCAUUCGACUUACAAAGUUUGACGAAGAAUUAUAAACAUUCCUGUAAUUUAAUUUAAUUUACGUAGUGUGUAACUAAUUUAUUUUUUUUUAU